AUGGAGCAAGUCUUCCACGAGCAAUUCUAUCGACUGGAGCCGGAAGUCUCAAUGGCCGACUUGGCAAAGAUAAGCCAGAAGCCAAGUGAGUCGGUCCAAGAAUAUUUAGGGCGGUUUAGAAAAGCAAGGGCUUGGUGUACGGUCAAUAUGCCGGAGCACGAGUUUGCAAAAUUGGCCCAAGGAGGAUUAUUGCUUGACCUCCGAAAGAAAUUCAAAGGAAUUGAGUUCCGCGACAUUUAUGAUCUCUUACUUCGGUUGGAUCGAUACGAAGCCCUUCUAAAGGAGGAGCAACAAAAAGGGCAGCCGGCACCCUGGCCGACAUUUUAUAGGGAUUCAACCAAACAUUCCGGGUCUAGGACUACGGCGGUCCACGCUGUAGACAUUGGAGAUAUAGACUCAGAAGAAAGAGGUGAUGCAGUUUACUUAGAGGACGAAGAACAGUCGGCUGAGGUAAACUUGGCCGAGAUUGUGGCCAAAGGGCCAUAUGUGUGCAAGGCUUUGUCUAAAGCCUCUAAGGAUCAAAGGCCGACCACGGCCCAAAUGUCCAAGUUUAGUGGAACCUCCCAAAAGGCAAAUGCCGUGCAAGAUCUCAUUGAUUGGAAGAUCUUGAAGUUUCCGGAGAAAGCUACAAUGGGCGUCGACCAGAAUCCUUUCCCAAAUGCUCAAGUCAACAUGGUGAAUGCUAAAUUCCCAAGGCCAGACCAACCUAGGCCUAGGUUGGACUUGGGUGGCUCAGCAAGGGCUGCGGCAGAAAGAAGGGCAAGGGAAAUUCCGGCGGAUCCUAAGGCAAAUGGCAAGGCUAAAAUGUACCCUGAGGUGGCCAAGGGUCCCGAGACAAAAGUUUCGACCAAGGAAGAACCUCCAAAGGCCAUUGUGCUAUGUAGUCGAUGCCAAUGUGAGGUGACUCUCGAAGUGGUUUCGCCAAAGCCCAAGGGGCCAACCAAGGAACCCACCAAGGGGCUGAUUAAGGAGCAAACCAAGGAUCAAGUCCAAGUGGGCAGAUUGAAAAGAAGAUGA